AUAUAUCUCCUUGUAAUCCUUAUUCUGAAGUUUCAAUCAAAAGCUCUGUUAUUGUAAGUAUUUUGAUCUUGUAUUUUGCAAAUUUCAAGUUUCUGUUUUCAAGAUUCAUAUUUUAACGACUCAAUGUUAAUAUGGUAUAUAAGUAUUUUAACUCUAUAGGGAAAAACAUUUUACAUAAAAAACUUCAUGUAAAAUCCAAUAAUUUUUACUAACUCUUCAUUUCCCUCUAACUCUUAUGUCGUCUUUCUCUUACCAAUUUUGCUAACUCUCGGGAACAUAUAUUUAUGAUUAAAUAUAUAUGAGGUUGUUGUCAAAUAUAAUUUUGUAAGUUUUGUGACACUUAUUGUGAUUUUGUUUGGUUGAAUGCUCAUUUUUUUAUAUUCUAAUUUAUUAAUAUAUGCCUAAAUAAUGAGAUUAAUAUUCACCGUGCAACGCACGGGGUAAAAACGCUAGUUGGUUUAAGAAUUUCUAACAUAUUAUACUACUUUUUUACCUAAAAACCCGGUCUUACAGUUACAAAUCCUAAACCAAAACCUGCCAAAGUCUAAGGGUUGACGAUGCGAGGCUUCUGACCCUGGUGAAGUAAUAAACGACACUGUUAGUCAGCUUCCAGGAUUGGUUAAGAACCAGCUUUUGGUGGAAAAUUGGUCAUACCUUAUCCACACAUCUAUUCUCUGAUUUUGAUAAGCCACCACAAAGUACAAGCAGAAUCCCAUGGAAGAAAAAUGGAUAAAGUAGAAUAAAAAUAAUAAAUUAAACAAAUAUCUGAACAUAGAUAGUUAAAAAAAAUGUCUCUGACGUCUUCAAUCCCAUGCAUCAAAAUCCCAACAUUUUCCUCAACUCCAUCCACAUCAUCCUAUUCUUUUAGGUUCUCUUCGCACAAGACUAUCACUAUAAGAAAUUCUCAAGCUGAAGGGCCACUGAGAAGACCAGUGACUCCCUCACUCAGGGAACCACCAUCAUCUAGUGCCCCUCCGCCAUCCCCUACAGUAGUGCCUCCCCCACAGAAGCCAGGUGCUGUUGUUGUUGGGGAUGACAAGAAUGUUGUCUCAUUAGAAUUUCAGAGGAAGAAGGCUAAGGAGUUGCAGGAAUACUUCAAGCAGAAGAAGCUUGAAGAAGCAAAUCAAGGCCCUUUGUUUGGUUUCAUUGGGAAAAAUGAGACUGGCAAUGGAAGAAAUUUGCCACGACCAUUUCACUAAGCUAGUCCCUCCAGCAAAAGCAUCGAACUGAAAAUCAAAAACCCAGAUCUGGUUCGUAUCAGGGGAGGAAGAGGGUGGGUGGGGUUCCAGACACCGUCGAGGAGGGUGGCAAAGGAGGUGGCGACGAGCGGCAGAGUCGGAGGCGGGACCAGCGGCAACAUACGAGGGAUAGGUUGUAUGGGAUUUUGAUUUUGUUUCUGAAAUUGGGACUAAGGAAUUUGGGCAAGUGGUGGCAGUGGUAUUUGGGUUUGGGUUUCGAAUUUAGAACCCAGAUCUUCAAUCCUUCUUGUUUCUUCUUUUUCUCAGAUCUGGGUUGUAUGGGUUUAGGCAGUGGUGUUUGGUGUUUGUAUGGUGAUUAUUGUGAUUCUCGUUGCUUGAGUUGAGAUUUAAGUGUGGGAUUAGGUUGUUAACAGAUUGGUUAAUCAAGCAUUCAAUGUAACUGCUAGAGACAGAUAGAGGGAGAAGAAAGAAAAUGCGUUUUGCUUUGUUAUUGGAGGUUGCAGUUGUGGCCCAUUGAAUUCAAUGUAACACAAUACCCAUUCAGUAUACAUGAUUUGAUUCUCCUUUGUUUUUUAUCUGGGUGGGUUAGAUGAAAGAAAUCUGGGUUGGGUUAUGAAGAUGUAAAGAUGAAGAUGAAGAAAUAUGAAUUGUAGUGUUUAUUUUUAGUUAAUAACUUUAUUUUAUUUUAAUUAUUAAUUGCAGAUGUGAAAUUUUAUCAUCUCUCUUAAUCCGAUGCCAGCUCAAUUAAAAAAAUUUCAUGUCAGCUAAAAUUGUUAGUUUUUGGACGGAAUUAUGGUGAGGGACCAAAUCUGUUAACGGAGAUAAACGUCGGGGUAGCAGAAUGCUAUUUUUAAACUUAGGGGACUCCGUUUGCACAUUUUUGAAACCUGGGGGACCAAAAAUGCUAAUAAGCCAUAUAUGUUACACUUAAAAUUGAAUCUGCAUUGUUAUACAAGUUUUCUGUGUAAGACCUUUUAAUAUGUAAUUUUGUU